AUGCGUUGGAAGGGACGUCGUGUCAGUAGCAAUGUCGAGGAUCGUCGCGGUGGUGGUGGUGUCAAGGCGGGUGGCAUCAGUAUUUUAGGGCUGAUCGUGGCCUUUGUGGCAUGGAAAUUUCUAGGAGUCGAUCCGCAGCAAGCCUACCAAGCCACUAAACAAGUGACCGCACAAACUGGAGCGGCAGAAACCCAAGGUUUGGAUAACCCAACGCCUGAUCAGCAGGAAGCGAUGGACUUUGUCGGUACGGUACUGGCCGAUACUGAAGACACAUGGAGUCAAAUUUUCCAACAGCAAUUGGGACAACAAUAUGUUCCACCGAAGUUGGUGAUGUUUUCAGGGGUGAUCAAUUCGGGUUGUGGUACUGCUCAGUCUGCAAUGGGGCCGUUUUACUGUCCAGCAGAUCAGAAGGUGUAUAUCGACACCGCUUUCUUUAAAGACAUGCGGACUCAAAUGGGUAUUGGCGGUGAGCAAAACCAAACGGAGUUGGCGCGCCAAGAUCAAGCGGGUGACUUUGCUCAGGCUUAUGUAGUGGCACAUGAGGUUGGACAUCAUAUUCAGACCAUUUUAGGUAUUUCUGAACAAGUGCAAAAGGCUCGUGCACAGGGUUCAAAAGCUCAAGGCAAUGCUUUAUCGAGCAAGGCGAUGUUGAAGAAGCGAUGGAUGCGGCACAUAAGAUUGGUGAUGAUUACCUACAAAAGCGGGCAACAGGCCAAGUGGUCCCUGAUAGCUUUACCCAUGGAACCAGCCAACAGCUGGGGCGCGAGCCUGUUGAGUGGUAAUCAGUUUAUUACCAUCAAUAUUCAUAACAUUGAAGAAGCGGUUCGUCACAUCGACUUUUAUGACUUUUUAAUCAAUGGCGUGAUUUGCUUCAUUUUGACCUCUUCGGCACUGAAGUUCAAAGUCUCAGAUUUACGUAGUUAUUGGAAGCCGAUCAGUAUUUUAGCCAGUAUUGCGUUGGUACUGUGCGCCGUAUUUUUUGGUGUGGUGCUCUACGGAUAUCAGUUCAUCAUUGGGCAGCAUGUCGAUUUAUUGGUGCUUUUGCUGUUGGGGGCUGCAUUGGGUGCAACGGACCCGAUUGGGAUCAAAGGCGUGCUUAGUUCGGUACGUGCACCACAUCAUUUAAUGGUCAAGCUUGAGGGCGAAUCACUAUUUAAUGAUGCCAUGUGUAUUGCCUUGUUUAUGACGCUCUUAAACGUCUUACAAGGUGAAAACUUUACCGUCAUGGGCGUGUUGCAGACCUUACUCUAUGAAAUUUUUGUCGCCGUCAUUAUUGGUUGGGCCUUUGGUUUAGGGAUCUUGCGACUGCUACGUGGUAUGGUCUGUGGUCUAGGAUUACCAGCUGUAAUGAAUGCGUUUUACUACAACCCGAAUGAAGAAAAGACGGGUUUUAAAGGCUGGUAUCAACGCCUGUGUAAUAAAAUGAACCGUAAAGGCUUUAAGUAUAUUAUUGGUGAAGAUGCACAGGGCUAUGAAACCAUUAUCGUCUAUCAACCUGAAGCAUUGAUUGAUGUUAAAGCAGAUGAUGGCAUUGCUGCGGUGCAUAACCCUGAGCGAGUUCAGGAAGUGAAACGUCUGGAAAGUCCUGAUAACUUUUAG